AUGACAGACCUUCUCCAAAUCCUCCCCUCCUUUCCCCUUCGACCUUUCGCAGCUCUCAUCCCAACAAUUGAGCAAAAUGCGCUCUCGACAACAGAUCUUCUCACUCUUCAUCCUGCCGACAUCGCAAAACAGACGCGCCUCCCUAUUCUCGAUCUCAAGCGCCUCAUAGCUGCGAUACAAGCCUCUCUCUCCGACGAUCUCAGUGCGCAACAGCCGCUUCUGGAACCUGAACUUGAGCCUGGUUCUGUGCCGGAGAAGAAUGUUAUUAGCACUCUUGAUGAUGGUCUUGAUGCUGCGUUAAGGGGCGGCGUGCCUGUGGGGGUAGUGACUGAGUUCACCGGUGAGAGCGGCGCUGGAAAGACUCAGGCCUUAUUAUCUCUCUGUCUAGCCGUUCAACUUCCACCUCCUCAUGGUCUAGGUCGCGAGGCUCUCUACAUCUCAACAGAAGCCGCAAUGGCAACGAGUCGUCUUGCUCAAAUGCUCAAGCAUAAUCCUAUUAUACAGCAAUACGACGAAGAUGCUCGCCCUUCGCUCGACGCUAUCCACAGCGCCGUGACUCCGGACUUGGAAACACAAGACCACAUUCUCGCUUUCCAAGUCCCAGUUCUAUUAUCCCGUCACAAGAUAGGACUCAUCAUCCUCGACUCAGUGGCCGCCAACUACCGCGCCGAAUUCGAGCGCCAGGGUUCUCACGGCUCUAAUAUGGCCGCUCGAAGCGCUGAACUCGUCCGCCUCGGCGCUCUUCUCCGCGAUCUAGCUCGCAGGCAUAAUCUUGCCGUAGUGGUAGCCAACCAAGUCGCCGAUCGUUUCUCCUCCAGCUCAACACCACGACGCGCACCUCCUAGAAGCAGUGGUGUCGUCUACGAGAGUCCCCUUGCUUCACGUAGUAUGCCGCCCCCUUCAUCUACAAACCUCCCCGGUACACCCUCAUCAUCAUUACCUUUCGCUUUACAAGACCCCGAAGGCCCACCACCGCCUCCGGCAUUAAUGCUUGAUCAUCAGCAGCGCUGGUUCACAGGCUGGGGUGAUGAUCCUCACGCAUCUUACUCGCUCAAGACGCCCAGUUUGGGUCUCGUUUGGUCCACGCAGAUUGCCUGUCGGGUUGCGCUAUUCAAGCGACCUGUUUAUGGGCGCAUAAGACAAGCUGCGCCGAUAACUGCGGAGGAUGACUCUGACUUGGCGGCUCCAACGCUAAGAGGAUGGCGAAGAUGGAUGAAGGUUGUCUUUGCGCCACACGCACCCUCAACAGGCCAGGGGCUACAUGGAGCAGUUGAAUUCGAGGUUACGAUGGGGGGACUAAAGACUGUUCAAGCCCAAAAGAAGAAGUGA